AUGUCGACUUCAAAGAAGGUGGUGUUGAGAACCUUAGAUGGCGAGACCUUCGAGGUGGAAGAGGCAAUGGCGUUGGAGGUGCAGACUAUUAAGCACUUGGUUAAAGACGAUUAUGCCGAUUCCAUCAUUCCUCCGCCGAACGUAUCUAACAAGAUCUUGCCUAUGAUCAUCGAGUACUGCAAGAAGCACAUCGAGACCCCCAAGUCCGAAGACGAUGCUCUCAAAACCUUUGACGUUGACUUUGUCAAAGACGUAGAUCAGGCCACCCUUUUCGACCUCAUCUUGGGUGCAAACUAUUUGAAUAUUAAGAGCUUGUUAGAUCUGACAUGUCAAACAGUGGCGGAUAUGUUCAAAGGGAAGACUCUGGAGGAAAUUCGCAAGACUUUUGCCUGGGAUCAUUCAGACAUGGUAGGAAUCAGUUCUUCAAUCUCAUGCCAUAGCCUGAAGGUGGAUCCGGCGUUCAAACCAGUUAAGCAAAGACACAGAAGGUUCACUCUCGAGCGCAAUCAAAUCAUUGCUGAAGAAGUAAACAAACUGCUUUAA